AUGAUGGAAAAAUACAAUAAAUUAUCAGAUUUUCUCAAGAAAUUCUACAUUCCUUCGUACGUUCUCUCGCCUGAUGAUGAAGCCGAUGAUGCUGAGGCGGUGCCAAGUAGUCCACCUGAGAGCCCAAUCAUCGUAUUCAUCAACUCAAGAAGCGGUGGUCAACUUGGUGGAGAACUCAUUCUUACCUACCGCACUCUGCUCAACGACAAGCAGGUUUUUGAUCUUGGGGUAGAGACUCCAGAUAAAGUGCUGCGGAGAACCUAUCUUAAUCUAGAGAGGCUAAAAGAUGAUGCUUUAGCUUGCAAGAUUCGGGAGAAGUUGAAAAUAAUUGUUGCAGGGGGAGAUGGAACAGCUGGUUGGCUCCUUGGAGUUAUAUCUGAUCUUAAGUUAUCCAAUCCACCUCCAAUUGCAACCAUCCCAUUGGGUACAGGAAAUAACCUUCCAUUUGCAUUUGGAUGGGGUAAGAAAAAUCCUGGAACAGAUAGGUCUUCUGUGGAGUCUUUUUUGGAAAAGGUGAUCAAGGCAAAAGAGAUGAAGAUAGACAACUGGCACAUACUUAUGAGGAUGAAGGCUCCUAAAAAAGGGUCUUGUGAUCCUAUUGAGCUACCACCUUCUCUCCAUGCAUUUCAUCGUGUUUCUCCAUCAGAUCAAAAAUGCUUGGCAUGGUCUUGUUCUGCUCGCUCCAAAUGGUCAUGGAACAAACUUGCUCAGGCAAAUCGAAUUCGGUUUGAAUUUACGAAAGGUUCAGCGAAGCAUGCGUACAUGAGAAUGGACGGAGAGCCAUGGAAACAGCCACUGCCACUUGACGAUGAAACUGUGACGGUAGAGAUCUCACAUCAUGGACAAGUGAACAUGCUUACAACCCAAAAUUGCAAGUCCAAAAGCAUGUAUGAUCAGUCUUCUUCCACAAACCGGUUUAGUGAUGAUGAAGAUGAAGAUGACGACUCAUCAGUGGAUAAAUGUGAGGAGGAGUUCAGAAAGUUUGGUGCAGCUGACACAUUUAAGAUUUCCAAUGAUCUUUGA